AUGCAAUUCAAUACAAAACUAAUCUGUUUAUCUUUGGCGAUUUUUAUGCUGGUGUUGAGUAGUGGUAUCUCGGCGAACCCUUAUCAAAUAAGGAGAGAUGGCCAUUUGAGUGAGUCAAGGCAACAGUUGCAUAAUUUAGCUCGUAUGCUGAUGGAAAAACGUGGUGGUAGCUGCAUUCCUGCGAAUAAACCCUGUGCUUAUACUUCAGACAGCAGUGCCACUGGUGCUAAGCAAUAUUCCGGAAAUAGCUGCUGCAAAGGACUUACUUGUCGUCAUUAUGAAACUAUUCCCGACACUGACGAUAAUGAUUACUACGGUUCCAAUGGUCCUUUUUACUAUCAUAUGUACAGUUGCCAAUGA